AUGAGCCAAUCGAUCGCGCGUGCAUGGGUUGAAUGGAAGAUUAAUUACCAGUUGGACAGGGAGCAUGUAUACCUGAAGGAGCAUGCCACCCAAUAUUUCAACGAAAGCGACGUGGUGCGAACAGCGGCCAUGUAUCUCGUGCAUCCAGUCGUGGUUGGCCUCAAUUCCGAUCUAGCCAUGUACAGCAUAAUUGGACUCCAGUUUGAGGAUGUCCACAACCAAGUUCGAAGCGAUAUUACCUUUUACCGUACGAUGCAGAACCGUUCCCGCCCCAUCGCUGUGCUGGAAUUCAAGCGACGGGGUGUCAUUAAACCGGCUCAACUCAAUGAUGCCAUCAUCCAGGGCGCCAACGUCGGAAAUAUUACUCAACAACAGCCAGGCCAACCAAAUGGAACCACCAGGAUGCAGUAUGCCUUGAACAAAGCAAGCUCCUAUACAAAUAACUCUUUGUUCAACAACACCGAUAUGUAUAGGUUGGUUUGCCAGGCAAGCGCUUAUGCGGUUACCUUCCAAACUAGGCACAUCGUGUUGUGUGACUGGAAUUAUUUGGUCCUCUGUCACUUUGUUGCCAUGCGCUUCGCGACCGCCACUACGCCUACCGCCGAUGUUGGAGACUUUAUCGAGGUCCAGAUUAUCCCUAUGGGCACCACUUCUGGGCGAGGCUUAGCGUUUCAAAACUCCAUUGGUUCCAAGCAGUUUCAACCCGCACUGCUUGGCUUCCUAAAAGACGCCUAUGAUACAACUCCCUAG